GACGGGGCCAGGUCCAUAAACCUAACCCCUUGGAACAGGAGACGUAUCGUGUGAACACUGUACCAGUAGAAAGGAAGGGGAAGAAGAAGAGGUGGAAGAAAUGGGGAUAAGGGCUCUGUGUAAAUCGCAACAACUCAGAUAUCUCUUCUUGAACCCUAUGCUCUUCAAUCCUACCGUAAAGGAAUUCCUUCGUCAAAAUCACAGACGCUGUGAUGUUGUAUGCAAGGUUUUUGGUCACGAACCGUUGCCGCUAGUUGGUUCAUGGAGGUCUCCCCAUUGGGGUUCCGUACGCAUUCAUUCAGGGCAGUCUCUGAACACGGUUGACAAAGAUGUGGAGCAUCCACAGCACUCUGGAAGCAUCACAGUCACUGAUGGUGAUGGUGAUGGUGAUGUUAAAAAGAAAAGGAAGAAACUUAAGGGGAAAAGAGCUGUUGUCCGGUGGUUAAAGUUUUUCAGAUGGAAGAAAAAGAAAGAUUAUGAGAGAAUGACUGCUGAGGAAAAGAUUUUGUUCAAGAUGAAGAAGGCUCGAAGGAAAGAGGAAAGGCUUGUUGAAGCUCUCAAGAAGAUUGAACCUAAGGAGACAUCAGAAACAACCCAUGAUCCAGAGAUAUUGACUCCAGAAGAGCACUUCUACUUCUUGAAGAUGGGCAUCAAGAGCAAGAAUUAUGUGCCGGUUGGGAGACGAGGAAUAUACCAGGGUGUGAUCUUGAACAUGCACUUGCACUGGAAGAAGCACCAAACUCUGAAGGUGGUGGUGAAGACAUUUACCCCAGAGGAGGUCAGGGAGAUUGCCGUAGAGCUGGCGCGAUUGAGUGGAGGGAUUGUGCUUGACAUUCAGGAAGGCAACACUAUAAUUAUGUAUAGAGGGAAGAACUACUCUCAGCCACCAACAGAGAUAAUGUCUCCUAGGAUCUCUCUCCCCAGAAAGAAGGCAUUGGACAAAUCGCGAUAUCGAGAUGGCCUAAGAGCUGUUCGGAAACAUAUUCCUAGACUUGAACAGGACCUUGAGCUGCUUCAGGCAAAAGCUGAGAAUAAAUUUAAGAUCGCAAAAGAAACCCUCACUACUGGCAUAGAUAGCAGUGUCUCUGGAAGCAUUUCAGACCCACAGUUUGAGAAACCUGAUAAGCUGAGAGCUCUACUGGCCAAAAACGCAGAAUGCCCUCCGGAGUAUGACUCGUCGACAGAGCCAGGCAUCGGGUCAGAUUCUGAAAAUUUGUCAGAUAUUUUUGAAACAGAUUCUGACACAGAGAAUGAGGAGAAGGCAGAACGGCCUCUUUACUUGGAUGAGUUUGACAAGUUCCCGGGACCAAGUGAUGGAGGAACAAAGGAUUUCGAGGAGCAUCUGCGUCAAGUGGCUUCUGAGUCGAGAAAGGACAAAUCAAUGGGAAAAGAUGAAGAGUUAAACGAUUUUGAUGAAGUUGAUCGGAUGUUUCUACAGGCUGCUUCACUUUUAAGGAAACAAAGAAAUAAAAGAUAAAGCUCAUUGAUUUUGAAGUGGCAAGUGAUAGAUGUUUGAAUUCCAUUUCUUCUUAAACGUGAUAACAUCAUUUUCUGAACAGUAUAAUUGGUGUUCUGGCAAAUUGGACGCGUUUGUACUUUCAUUGUGCUGAUAGUGUUAAUAUUUGGAAGUGCGGCGUUUGAAUCCAUAAA